AUGUCAAAGAAGUUUGAUUUUCAAGAUCUAUCCACCGUAACUCUAACACAAACCUGCAGCGUAGUGGUGGCAAAACCGAUAGCCCAAAAGAUGUCCGAUCCAGGUAGCUUCACUAUUCCGUGCACUAUUAGGAGUUAUGCCUUUGCAAAGGCAUUAUGUGAUUUGGGAGCUAGCAUAAAUUUGAUGCCGCUGGCUAUAUACACCAAAUUGGGCAUAGGCAGGGCCAGGCCGACAUCGAUGUUACUCCAACUGGUUGAUCGCACUGUGAAAAGAUCUACAAGUAUUCUUGACGAUGUGCUGGUGGAUGAGGAGAUACCCCUUAUUUUAGGGAGACCAUUUUUAGCCACCGGGAGAGCACUGAUAGAUUGUGAAACUGGGAAGUUUAAAAUGAGAUUGAAUGAUGAAGAAGUCAUAUUCAACGUUCAACAAUAA